AUGACGCCGAUGGAACAAUCACCAUCCUCCCCCCCUUCAGCUUCCGACCGAGUCUCUCCCGAUAACUCCCAGAGCGAGAUCCCACCAGCAACACCUCGGGCCCAGGUUCAAGUCGAAGCCCCACUCGACGCGGCGAUCAGCGCCACAGAUGAGAAGCACCCCAAGGGCAAGAGGAAGAGGACCGCUGCAAAAGACAAAACCAUCCUUGAAGAGGCUUACCAGACCAACCCAAAGCCUGAUAAGACGGCGCGCCACGACAUUGUGCAACGUGUAUCUCUAACCGAGAAAGAGGUUCAAAUUUGGUUUCAGAAUCGACGUCAAAAUGACCGCCGGAAAUCGCGCCCACUUUCGCCCCAGGAAAUCGCUGCCUUGCGUUAUGGUGGCAUGCAGGUUCUAUCGUCUGAUCCUGUGACGUCGAGUUCCUUGGUGGAAGCAGAGACUGCGCAGGGCAACGAUUCUUUUUCAACACCUAGCCGCCCAGUUGACUUGGGCCCAACUUCGAGCCAGAACCGAUCAUACAUUCAAAAUUUUGUGGACAAGGUGAAGGAAUCUUCGACCGAUUCUGUGUCCCGAGGGGAUGGCAUUGCUGCCCGAUCGUCAAGUCCAUACACCGAUGCAGAGGCGCAGCGGGACUCACAGGACUUGAACACGAUUUCCACACCUUUACCAGCAACCAUGGGAUAUUUGGCGAACCGUUGGAACUUAUCCAAUUCCUUCCCCUCAAAGUCGUGCUCUUACCAGGUCGCGGAGACGCCGAGACAAGCUCCGUUUAGAUUUUCCUCACCUCCGUCAACAAUAUCCAAAACGCCUGCUCUGCCAACACCCCAGUCGCAGUCGCACGUGCGCAUCUCGUUGUCCCUCGAGGGCAAAGCUGAGUUGGUCGCUAAUGACGAGUCCCUGCCUCAAUCGUCUCCCCUAUCUUCACUUCCGACGUCUCUUCCCCGUCUUUUGCAAGGGAGGCCGCGUUCACUGCACCGAAGCCAAAGUGCAGCCGCACAAGUUACUCUGCCUCCUAUCUCCGCCCUGACGCAGAGUAUAUCCGUGAAUCUCGGCCGCGGGCGAUCCAGAGAUGCUCAAGUCUGGGAGCUUUGCUGUGACUCGGAUCAGCGCGAUGAACUGACGACACAAGCUGAAAAUGAGUCGAGCGGGUCCGCCGUUGCUGCCAUAAACCUCCUUCGCUCUACCAGCGGGAUGCUUCAGCCCAACAGCGCGAAACGUAACGCCCCGCCUCUAAGGAAUCACUCAGGAAUUUCAAACAAGAAGCCUCGAUUGAGUCGGGCAUUUUCGGGCAGCGCUGUAGCCAGCAGCAUCUCUGCACACGACGAUCAUGGCCAGAAAUCGGGGGUGGAAAGCAAAGGUCCCAAAAUGUCUUUGUUCAUCUCUUCUGCGAGUGGUAAUGAUUCAGACAAAGAGAAUUGGAGCCCCGACGGUGAUGGUGUACCGCCCACAAUUCCGAGGGAGCUCUCUACCCCGACUCCCUUGUCACCUUGCCAGACACGUAAAGCACUGCCUCUUGAAGCGCCUCACCUUGCUCACUCACGACGCCAAGUACGAGGUCUUCGAGAGCAGACAUCACCGAGGAUGCUCGGAAACAACCGAGCCAAUACGGCACCUCUAUUUCGCAGACGAAAAGAAUCGAGUAAAGACCUGGAGGUGUUCGAGGACCACGAAGGUCUGCCCAUGCUCCGGCCAGACCGGGAGGUGGAGACAUUUAUGCGCGGGGAGGUUAGCCCUGGCAAGAAGGGUGAUAUGGACUGUAUUGCCGGACUGUUGUCCCUGAGCCAGGGAAACUGGAGAUGA